GCACCAACCUAGACAAGAAAAUCACAAUCUUCCCCUUCUACCAUUGAUCAUGGCUUCUAAAAAACAAGUUCUCAUUCUCCUUCUUUCUCUUCUCACACUGUCCUCCAUCACCAAGCUUUCUCAUGCCGAUGAUUGUCCCUCAACCAUAGCUGGUGGCAAAAUCGCUGUCUACUGGGGACAAAAAAGCGAAUCCGGUGAAGGCAGCUUAACCGAUACAUGCGACUCCGAUCUCUACAACAUCGUUGUCAUAGCAUACCUCCAUGUGUCAGGCAACUCAACAACCUUAGUAUUAAGCAACCACUGUCCUUCCGGCAAUUGCCAAGCCCUAGCGUCUGAAAUCCAACACUGUCAAAGCAAAGGCAUCCAUGUCUUUCUUUCCAUUGAAGUAGACGCCGUUGAUGACCCAAAUUCCUUAGCAAGCUAUCUUUAUGAUGAAUUCCUUAGCGGCGAAUCAGAAUCCGGCCUUCUAGGACCGGUGGCCUUAGACGGCAUUGAUCUUGCCUACCUUGAUCAAAGCACCGAGUCAUGGGUCGACCUUGUGAAGGCAAUCAAUGGGACGACCCAAGACAGAAAGAUUUACAUAUCAGGAGCUCCACGUUGCGAUGUCACAGCGUUCGACAGCGCAAUCGCUACUGGUCUUGUGGAUUAUCUCUUUGUUCUAUACUACGGCCAAUACGCAACGUGUGAAUAUUUGGGAAACAACGACUUCACGGGGCUUCUUGAAUCAUGGUUGACAUGGACGUCCAAGGAAGGUGUAGCUGAUCAUACCUCUGUGUUUUUGGGCUUAGUAGCGUCAGAUGACGCGUCUGCAGCAUCCAAUGGCUACAUAUCACCAGAUCAGCUCGAGUCUGUUGUUUUUCCGAACGUGACUGAAUCCUCAAACUUUGGUGGAGUGAUGCUCUGGAACAGGUACUAUGAUGAGCUAACAAGCUAUAGUACUGAGAUUAAGGAUGCUUUGGGCACAAAAGUUUGUGAAUGUGUCUGUCGUGUUCCUGCUUCGAGGAGAUUCAAGAGUUUCUUGGCCAAAUCUGUGUAAGAUGGGAGGGAUGUCAUGAUAAUAGCUAGACGUAGUUAUGUAUCUAUGUCUUGCUAUAGCUGGGCUUGCAUGCCUUUAUGAGCAUGCAUGUUUUCUUAAGACCAUGUAAUAAUGGAUA